GCCGUCAUAUUGGAGACUACAUCUUUAGACCAUAUAAUAUUUCUCAUUAAAAUAGCAUUUUUAUAAUACGAUACCGUUCUAUACUCAGAUCAUAACUUGUAUGGGAUCUAUGACUCAUUUUAAAAAUAGCUGUUAAAUCGAAUUUAAAAAAAAGAAGAUCUAGAACUAGAUCUUGAUUGAGUCGUGAUAGAUAAUUUAGAUCUAUUCGAUUAUUCUAGAUCUAUAGAGACAAGAUUAAGAAAUUUUAAUAUAGAUCUAGAUGGGAUCUAAUGUACAUUUGAAGGCAGAAAUGCUGUUCAAAAAUAAACCUAAUGUCGUGGAUGUCAAGGGCGGCGUCAUUAGAAAAGUUCCUGACGAGCCCAUGGAAAGUGAAGAGGAACAAGCAGCUAAAAGGAUGAAGCUAACAAACAAUGAAUACACAGCUGAGUGUACGUCGAAUGUUUUAGACCAGGAUACAGAUGCCAUUACCCAUGAUUGGAGAUUGUUGCCCUAUGUUGCCUUAACUCAGAUUUACUCUAUGCUGCCUAACAAUGACCGGUACCACAUGUCCUUGACCUGCCGAAACUGGGGUGUGCCUCUGACAUCACCAGAGAUCUGGAGAGCACUGAAGUUCAAGUUUAACAGAGUAGAAGACAGGAAAGCGGCGGAGUAUGUCCUGAAGGUGCGGCCGUAUGCGUUACGCUACCUCAACGUAGACUGCAAGGUAUCCGUUGGUGGUAUUGUUGGAGAAAGGGACUCCAUCAUUUAUUUGCUCAGAUUAAUUCGCUACUUGGUCUACCACAAAACUGACCAGCUGAUCUCCCUUCGGUUGGCCAACAUGAGCCGAAUCAUUGUGAAGUGGACAAAAUCCACCAAACAUAGAGAUCUAGUCCUGACAUUGCGCCGCUUCCUGGAAACACAGAAGGAGCUGCGGAUUUUGAAUUUGUCCUGUGCAGGUUUCACUUUAGAACAAGGAACCACGAUGUUAAAAAAGGUGGGACAAAGUUGCGGAUCAAAAUUGGAUAAACUGAUCAUUGAUGGAUUGUUUGCCAUAGAGGAGGACAGAGAAAUGUUGUCAGUUGUUAUAAUACAGCCUUUAAAAUAUUUUACAGAAAUAACGUCCUUGUCCAUCAGUUAUGAGUACCUCUGUGAUCAAGUCAUUGAUGCUCUGAUUGACUACGGGAAACUGCUGAACCUACGGAUUUAUGUGGAAGAUUCAAAGCAACUGCAUCGCAUUACAAGCGAGUCCUGGCGGGUACUGCAGGCUGAGUGCCCAGACUUGGAGGUCCAUUACGUCUUGCAUGACGUGUUUCAUCACACCAAGUUCAAGAAAAUUCUGUUGCGUGGUGUCCCGCUCGGAACGCUGGAGUGGGAUUUUAAAGAAGACAUGAACGAUGAGGAUUGGGACGACCAAGACGUUAUCUUGUGUAUGAAGUACACGGCGGAACUCUUUCAUAACACAGUCCGACAUAUUACUGUGGGCAUUGAACAUUGUUAUUAUCAAUAUAGAAAAAUGUUUGAGGAGAUCUUAAAAAGAUGUUUAAUUAUUGAGACACUGAAUGUCAAUGGUCCAGAUGACAAUUCUUUCAAGAGGGCGUUGGCCAUCCAAGUAUUGUGGGGAUGUAUUAGACAACCCAGAAUUACCCUUCAGGAGUUGAACUACAAUGGGAAAAAUAUUAGUCUUUGGGACUCCCAGCUGCACCUUUCAAUCAAAAAACUAUUGGGGCAGUCGAAUCAGGCGCCCUCCUGAUCUACAUUCAAUAUAACAAGCAAUGGAUUGGAUGAAGUGUGAUUCAUAACCUGUACGCAACAAAUUAAACACAUUUGAGCCAAGCCUUAUCUCGUGUUAGCUUCAUAUACAUCAGAUGAAAUUUGUACUGACUUACAAUAGUUCAAGUGUUCUACUGUAGUUCAUACGUUGUUACCUAUAGAAUGAAACAAAGUCUUGAAUUUAUUUUGAGAAACUCUUUGGAUUUAUUGAGUAACUUGAUAAAGGAGACAAUAACUCUGAAAUAAAUUCACCCUUGGACUACAUCAAUCUAAUCUUUUCUUUUCCAAUGAUGUUUUCAUUUUAAUAGGAAUUCUUUUAAAUAAUAGAGUUAUACUAACUACGCAACAGUGUGAUGACUUUUGCAUAUUACAUAUAUAUCUUUUAGAGUAAGAUUGAAUAUCGACUGUACAAAGAAUAUUCCAUUGUGGGCAUUAUCGAUAAGUAGCUUUAUAUAUGUAUAUACAAAGCUUAUUUUAACUUUAUCUAUUGAGAAUUAUUAAUUUUGUUUUACACUUUUUUCUCCCACAUACCCAUUCUUGGAUCAAAUUGAAAUUGUCCACAAUUAUUCAUUGCCGAAGACAAUACAUGAAUCAAUAAAAAAAAAACCUAACCAAUUAGUUAAUCAAUUUGGCUUAUUUAAUUAGUUUUGUUUAUAUAAAAAUGGGACAUAAAUCUUGCAGUAUUGAGAGAUAAGGCAGUGAUUUUGUGGUGCUUACCAUUCUAUAAGCUUUGUUUUUUUAAAGUAUUUCUUAUAUUUUGUUGUUUUUAAAAUUCCACUUUAUGAUUUUACUAGUCCUAAAGAGCUCAGGUAAAAUUGAAGAAUUUUUAUUUAUUUUUAAACUAGUAUAGAUGUUUAGAAGUUACCAUAUCCAAACCAAGCUCCGUAGUCCUUGCCUGGAUCACUCAACAGUUAUAAAGUUUUGGGCCUGGCGAGUUUGUGAGUUUUUUAGCUCUAAACCAUGAAGUGGCAUUUAAAUUCCAAAACAUGACCAAAUAUCCGAGUAUCUGAAGAAGAGGCAUUAUAGGGUAGGACUAGGUUGAACAAGUGUAGCGUGAUUUCCUCUAAUUUGAUUCAUUUUGGCUUUGUCACUACUUAGAAUGAUUUGAGUGUAACGGUAGCAUCAAAAUGGACACAACAUUGUUUGGCAGUUUUUUGAUCGUAUGCUAACUAAAGGGAAAAGGAAAAUUUGCAUAGAUCACUUUAUUUCAAUACACAUAUACAUUUAGAAUCUAUGUUUCUCUUAUCAGGGUUUACAAUUUAACUUUUGAUGUUCACUUGUACAAAUUGUAAUGACUUUUCACAGAUUCAUAUCAAACAACCGAAAAACUUACCUAUAAAUGUGUAAUAUUCAUGCAUACUUUCAUAAAGCUAAAUUAUGUACUAUAUCGAUCAGCAUGUUAAAUUGCUUAUAAAUAAGUUGCAACGUUAGUCCGGCACACUGAGCCACUGGAUGAACCUAAAAAGCAAUGGGAUGAAUGACAUUUUGUCGAUAAUAAAUAUGAAUAUAUAAAACAAUGGAUAUAAUGAUCUUUAUAUUUAUUAAAACAUGUUGCCUUAUUAUGCCUGUUUAUUAAACAUGUUCCCACACUG